CAGGGGGUUGUCCGCCCGCGGCACGCAUUGGAGCCGCAGCCUCCUUGCGCCGGGUCCCGCGGUCGCAGCUCGUGCCGCCUCCUUCUCGUCCUCGCUUCAGCAGCUUGCUUCGUGGGUCGGUCCUUCCGACACACGAGCUCCAAGCCGCUCCACUCUUUUCCUAAAGCCCUUCAAGGCGGUCUUCGGGAUCCUUCUCUCCAGCCGACCCUCUUCAGCCCCGUGAAGAUGGUGGACCGCGAGCAACUGGUGCAGAAAGCCCGGCUGGCCGAGCAGGCGGAGCGCUACGACGAUAUGGCCGCGGCCAUGAAGAACGUGACUGAGCUGAACGAACCACUGUCCAACGAGGAACGGAACCUCCUGUCGGUGGCCUACAAGAACGUGGUUGGGGCUCGCCGCUCCUCCUGGAGGGUCAUCAGCAGCAUCGAGCAGAAGACGUCCGCGGAUGGCAACGAGAAGAAGAUAGAGAUGGUCCGAGCCUACCGCGAGAAGAUCGAGAAGGAGCUGGAGGCCGUGUGCCAGGACGUGCUGAGCCUGCUGGACAACUACCUGAUCAAGAACUGCAGCGAGACCCAGUACGAGAGCAAGGUCUUCUACCUGAAGAUGAAAGGGGACUAUUACCGCUACCUGGCAGAGGUGGCCACCGGGGAGAAAAGGGCGACCGUGGUGGAGUCAUCUGAGAAGGCUUACAGCGAAGCCCACGAGAUCAGCAAGGAGCACAUGCAGCCCACCCACCCCAUCCGGCUGGGCCUGGCGCUUAACUACUCCGUUUUCUACUAUGAGAUCCAGAACGCCCCGGAGCAAGCGUGCCACCUGGCCAAGACCGCCUUCGAUGAUGCCAUCGCCGAGCUCGACACUCUGAACGAGGACUCCUACAAGGACUCCACGCUGAUCAUGCAGCUGCUCCGAGACAACCUAACGCUCUGGACGAGCGACCAGCAAGAUGACGACGGCGGCGAAGGCAACAACUAAGGCCCCAGGUGGACUGGCAGCGCACGCUGAUGCUACUACUGCAGUCUUUAUUUUUUUCCCAUGAGUUGGGGGUCGGGUGGGGGAGGGGAAAGGGAGGGCUGACCUUCCCAGGGAGAAACCCACGACUGUCCUGUCUUUGAUUGCCUCUUUGACAUUUUUGCCAAAAUACCACUAGUGGAAAGUCAGGCUAGCUAUGCUGGUAUCGGAGUAGCAGCCUCACACAGGCAUCCGGACUGUUGUGCAGGCUUGUGCAAGUGGAGCUGUCUGCCUUUAGUUUAACUUAUUGCUAGAUGGUAGGGUUCUAAGAAGAAAAACCGGAGGUGGAUGGCCCUCAUUCAGUGCGCUCUGUGGUUCCAGUAAGGAUUCUUGUGUCUGCGCUCUCUCUCUCUCUCUCUCUCUCUCUCUCUCUCUCUCUCUCUCUCUUUCUCUCUCUCUCCUUCAGCUCCGUGGCUCUUUUCUCUCUGUGGCUGUGCUUUUUUUUUUCUCUCUUUCUCUCCCUCUUUCUUUCCCUAGGGUGUAUACCAGAGAAGUUAUAAAUUACCCAACUGGACAGGCUUAGAGCGGAAGGCAUGGCCCUGUAUUUUGGAAGUCUGGCGGGUUGGCAGUGUUGACACUAAAUUCCAGUUUACAGUAUUUCUACGUGACAGCCAUACAUGACACCAAACCCUGGGGUCUGAGUUCCUUUGUCAGGUCGGUUUUACAUCUGUGUCCAGGUUGGUCUGGCUGCUCGUCAGCUCUUAACGUGGGGAGGGAGAGUCAGAGCUUCCCGUUAGGUUUCGGUUGAUGGGUGCUUGGCAGGGGCUGUGGGGAAUACUUUCUUUUUGGUUCUUCUUUACACUUUAAGGUAAGCCCAUCACAGAACUAGAAACCGUUAAGACACACACACACACACACACACACAACACGGAGAAAAUUCAGGUCUGUAUGUCAUUUAUCAGAGACUCCUGCGCUCAGCAGCCAGGGCUCCGCCCCAGUGUCGCUGCCUGUUGAACGUCAGCACCUGGGUCUAGCCUGCACCUUGUGCCAGCAGCAUGCAGGUCCCGGGGCGGUGGGCUGGACCGUAAGGGGUGGGAGGUUAUCACCGAGACGUGGAGAUCCGGUGCCAGCAGCUGAGCCAACAGGAAACCAUAGGAAGAGGCAGGUCACUCGAGGGAGCCUAGUCCCUGAGCCAGUUGUCCCUGCCCUCCGGUCCCCCAGCACUCCUCCUUUCCCAAGGGCUCAGUGGAGGGGCCAAGGUUCGGCCGGAGGCCCUGCUCACCCUGACCUACGCUUUCCUAGUUUUCCUUUUUGAGUGAAAUCGUCGUUGUUGAGAUUGGCUUCUCUCUCGUGAGGUCACUGCACAUGUGACAUUGAAGGAAGCUAUGCUGCUAUGUCCUACAUGGUCCGUCCCAGUCCUAGGUCCCUCAUUCUCUCUGUGGAUAAACCUUUCCAUAAACAUGCCCUGUUGCAUGCAGAGUGUGCAGUUUAUGUCUUCUGGAGAACCCUAGUCUCGGGUUCCCAAGACGAGAAGCACCCCAAACUUGCUUUGCUUGUCUUCAAAGGCCUAGCAGCCACUUUGUCUUUUACUGAAACCCAGCUCCCACGUAAGCUGAGUAACUUCACAGGAUGCUGGUGCGUGGCCCCUCUGCACAUCCCUGCUAGCAUGCCCUUCUGCAGAGGCCCCUCCUCAGCUAGUGCGCAAGUGCCCACUAACAGGGACCCACGGAGACCGUAGUGGAGGGGGCUUGGCCACCAGAGCCAUGGACAGAAGGGUCAGUGGGGCUUCGCCCGGUUUGUCUCCAUGUCCACAGUGAGCAUGACCCUGUCCCGCUUGUACUGUUUGGAAAGACCCUACUGGAAUCGCAAAACCUAGUUUCUCUUUACAUUUCAGCCUUGACCUUUGCUGUAUUCUAGAAAAAUCAUGUGAGGGUAGAUCUGAAGAGGGAGAGCGGCAGGCCCGGCGUGAGCUCGGACCACUCCUCCUUCACUUACUGUUGAGAAGCGCACCUGCCUCUGAUGCUGUCUGCAGUGCCGCGCGGUUGCUGCUCCAUCCUAUUGAUACAGUAUUGUGCAUGCUGGUGUUGUAUUUCUAUGCGGUAGCUUGACAUUUAUUAACUUACACUGUAGGUGUUAUGUAUUCCUAUGACAAAAAACUUAAGACUUCAAUUUUUUUUUAAACUUUUUUUUUUUAAUUUAAGUUUUUCCUUUCAGGGGUAAAGUUUGCUUUACCAAAUAGUGAUUGUAACAAAUUGAUCUGUUUUGGAUGUUGCUAUAGUGACAUGCAGUUCUAUAUUUUGUUUUUCAGGGGGGAGGGGACAAAAGAAACACCAGUAUUAGCUUACUCUUAAUGUCUGGUGUUUGUCAUGGUGAAAUUAUAACUAUUACAGUGUAGGAGAACGCCACGGACGUUCUCUGAACGCGCCUCUGUGCUUUCUCGUCAUGUUAUGCAGUGAAACUAUUUUUAAGGUCUAAUCAAGUGAUUUUUUUCCCCCCAACUCCGUGUUUCGCUAAGGAAUUAUUUCGCACACGGACCAUUCUUAGCAGUUUCCUCAGUGAUGGAAUAUUCAUGAAUGUGAGUCAUUAUGUAGCCGUCGUACAUUGAGCAAAAUAAACUUACAGAUCUGA